CUCCACCCACACCCUCUUACGCCCACAUUCUCUCACAUAAUCCCUCUGCUUCCUACAGAAACCCUUCGUACCAAAGCAACACCGCACCACCGCAGCCAUGGACCAGAUCAAGCAGCGCAUGAACGCCCUCCGCAUCGAGGCCGACGAGAGCUCCGCCAAAGCCGAAGAGUACAAGGCCAAGGUCAAGGCCCUGGAGGCCGAGACUACGCAGAAGGAGCAGGAAAUCACCUCGCUGACGCACAAGAACCAAGUGCUGGAGGCCGAGGUCGAGAAGCUCGAAACGUCAGUCAAGACCUACAAGGACGAGGCGGCGGGCGGUGCGGCAGCCGGCACCCAGGCAGAAGCUCUGCAACGCAAGAUCCAGGUCCUCGAGGAAGAGGCUGAGGAGUCUGACAGGACCAUUCGCGAGCUGAACGAGAAGCUCCGCCAAACCGACGUCAAAUCCGGCCACUAUGAACGCAAAGUACAAGCCCUCGAGCAGGCGCGCGACCAGUGGGAAACCAAAUACGAGGAGAUGGCCAAGAAAUACGCCGACACCAAGAAGGAGCUCGACGACUUCGUCAAGGAGAUCGGUAACAUCUGAUCGUCCUGUCGUCUCUCUUUCGUGGUUGUUGACGUUUAUCUAGUGAAUUGCUAAAGCUGGGCAUGGGACGGCACGGAUGCUCGAGCGCGGAUAUGGAUUGAGUGGAAGGAAGCCUAUUACACCCCUUACCUGCAUAUCUUGGUUUUCCUUCGUGUGGCUGCUUGGGUGGGAGAUGAGCUGGGCUUGUGCGCUUUAGAUAAUCUCUGAGCGUUGCAAUACAUCAAUAGCCGUUCCUAGAGGAUAUGGAAUAUAUCUUCUGCACAGUAUCUUGGCCGCGGGACAUGGACCGGCUGCUUUCGAACUUGCCCUCUAUAUUGACCGGCU